AUGGACAAGAAGCGGCCUUCCCUUGUGUGGGUAAACACCAAGAAGGACAAGUACGAGGUCGAGCCUUACUUCCACCCAGUCCUAGACCAACUCCUGCAUAUCCCCGAGAACAAAUAUAUCGGGCGCGACUUGCGCCAGGUGCGAGGCAAUGUUCUCCGUGGAAGACCCAGAACUCAGGAUACACUCAACCUUUGGUUCCUGGAUCCGGAUGUGCUACCCCGCAAUAUAACAACGAACAAGGCAAUCCAUGGUACAAUCCCAACCUUAAUUGGCGAUACAUGGGGCGAGUUUAUCUGGAACGGCCCGGUCGUUGCAGUCAUGAGGAAGGGAACUGGCUUUGAACCACGUCACUCAACCGACAUCACCCUCACUGCCUACCGUGAUGCCAUAGACUACCUGGGCUAUUAUAGGGACACAAUCGGAAGCAUGAUCGAACCCGGCCAAGACGACCAUUUCUCCAAGCGUGUGCUAGCCGAAAGGAUCUCCAAAGUUGUUGGUGUCCGUAUCAAUUGCCUCCGCGAUCAGAUCGAUCGACAGGAGCCACAGAUGGUGGAAGUGGCCGUGCCCAAGACGCAUCCCCUGUUUAACCUAGAGGGCGAUGACCCGUGCGAUAUCCCCUCACUUUUCGGCCUGGACCUCGUUGCAAAGUCAUACAGCAGCAAUCAAUCCAGCACCGGCGGUGACGGCGACUAUGAUACGCCUCCAGCCGAUGAUCUACAGAAUCCUUUGGCCCAGCUCUUGUUGAUGAAAAUCUCUGUCAAGGAUGGGAAAUGGGUUAGCUUGCCCGAUUACCGGCGUCGUCUCUGCCACGGUAGUAUCCUUUUCGUCUGCCGCCAUCCAAAACGGGACAUGAAAAUAGGGGAUAUCCAUAACUUUUGUAACCUCAUUGAAAAAUUUGCCGUUCCUUUUGUUUCGAAAGAGAAUGCAUCCGAUCCGGGUGCAAAAGAAAGGUUGCUGAGUCAGCUCGAAAAAGAAGGAGUUGGUCGUGGGAUGUGGUAUCAUGGGGAUAUGUAUUGA